AUGGCGGCAAAUGACUCGCCACUCUCUCUCUCUCUCUUUCUCCAGAAGUUUCGAGACCUAACGUUUUCUCUCAGUAUCCCACGGGAAAAUGUCAUCUACAGUUACUUAGUUGUAAGCCCUGAAACUCAUGACGUCACUGACUUCUGCAGCUUCUACACUUUCCCUGCAACUCUCACCAGUGACCAUACGUCUGCAACAGUGAAGUAUGCUUAUUCUUACUACAAUGUAGCGACAGUGACCUCGUUUCCCCAGCUGAUGAAUGAUGCACUGAUCGUGGCUAAGCAAAAAGGUUGUGAUGUGUUCUACGCGUCCGAGGCGAUGCAGAAUACGAGUUUCUUGAAAGAGUGUAGGUUUAAAUCAGGAAAUGGACUGAGGCACUACUAUCUCUAUAAUUACCGUUUGAGAAGUGCACUGAAGCCAUCAGAACUUGGGCUUGUUCUCUAG